GUCCACAACCGAGACAAACGUAAUUUCUCCUUACUUUCUUUCCGACUACCGGCGAGGUUCGUGUUAAUUUCACCCGCGAUCUGUAAACAUUGUGUCUUUGUAUUUCUAUUGUAUCGGGAAACUUAGAACAACCAUGGCGAUAAUUAACAUUAAGAAUUCUGCUCAUCAGUAUGGGCAAACAUGAUCUUCAGAUUCAUAUUAAGAGAAAGAGGGUCAACAGUUGGCCUGAAGCUCGCGUUGGACCGUCAAAUGUCGACUAUUGGUGUUAUACAAAUCCCGAAGAAUUUAACGAGAGAAUAAUUCGAGCACAAAAAUAUUACAUUUUGAAUCAUCUUCGCAUCAAAGCUGCUGUUGCGGAAACAUCCUAUCAAAAUAAUUUUUACCAAGUGAAAAAGACUUCGAUAAGAGACUAUAUCCCUAAAACAAUUAAUAGAGAGAUUAAUAUGGGCAUGUGGAUUUAAUAUAAAUAGUGGAAAGAAAUGUCGGCUGUGUUAGCUAGUGUUGCUGGUGCCGCGUUAAAUAUAGGCACAAAUCCGCUGGCUAUUGCUGGAUUAGUGCCUAUUGUUGCAGCCGGAUUAACAUUUUUACGUUAUCUUAGAUUCGACCCGGAGGAUCACCCAGUUAGUGUGCAAAAGCUUCUACCAGAGUAUGAUUUUGUAAUAAUAGGCGGAGGGUCUGCAGGGGCAGUCGUUGCAUCACGAUUAUCAGAAAUAGCUAAUUGGACGGUUCUUUUAUUGGAAGCUGGUCCAGAUGAGAAUGAAGUAACAGAUGUACCCAGUUUACUCGGAUAUUUACAACUAUCCAAUAUGGAUUGGAUGUAUCAAACCUCACCACCAACAGACUCACAGUACUGUUUGGCGAUGAUCGGUGAUAGAUGUAAUUGGCCACGAGGAAAGGUUCUAGGUGGUUCAAGUGUUCUCAACGCUAUGGUAUACGCUCGUGGUAACAAGCGAGAUUAUGACGCUUGGGAAGCUCAAGGAAACCCUGGAUGGUCGUAUAAAGACAUUUUGCCAUAUUUUCGCAAAUCGGAAGAUAAUAGAAAUCCAUAUUUAGCCCGAACCGACUAUCAUAACUCCGGAGGUUAUCUUACAGUACAAGAAGUUCCUUGGCGGACACCGCUAGCAGUAGCAUUCCUCCAAGCGGGAAAAGAACUGGGUUAUGAUGUACGUGAUUGCAACGGCGAAAAACAAACUGGAUUUAUGAUUACGCAAACUACAAUGCGAAGAGGUCAUAGAUGCUCUACCGCUAAAGCAUUUCUUAGACCAGUUCGGCACAGAGAAAAUCUUCACAUUGCGUUAAAUUCUCAAGCUACUAAAAUAAUAAUUGACCGCCGAACUAAACGUGCUUUAGGAGUGAAGUUCGUUCGGAGUGGAAGAAAUAAAGUAGUUCGAGCCAAGCGAGAAGUUAUCUUGUCAGCAGGGGCGAUAGGAUCGCCUCAACUAUUAAUGUUGAGCGGAAUUGGUCCUAAAGAACACCUGGAGUCGUUAAAUAUCCCAGUUAUAAGUGACUUAAAAGUUGGCUACAACUUGCAGGAUCACGUCGGAUUAGGCGGUUUUACUUUUAUAAUUGAUGACCCAAUCACAUUUACCAGAAACCGGUAUCAAAGUAUAAAUGUAGUUAUGGAGUAUUUGUUAAGAGAAAAAGGACCGAUGACGUCUCAAGGAGUGGAAGGGUUGGCUUUCGUUAAUACAAAAUACGCACCGAAAGAUGGAUUAUGGCCCGAUGUUCAAUUUCAUUUUGCUGCUAGUAGCAUAAAUUCGGACAGUGAUCAAAUAAGGAAAAUUACGGGAAUGAGGGAUAGCGUUUAUAAUACCGUUUAUAAACCUUUAGGUGAUGCAGAAACAUGGUCGCUAUUGCCCUUAUUGUUACGACCGAAAAGCACCGGAAGGAUAUCUUUAAAAUCGUCAAACCCAUUUGUUUAUCCAGACAUCAAUCCCAAUUACUUUACACACAAAGAGGACAUCCUUACGUUGAUUGAAGGAAUUCGAAUCGGUUUGAAUGUAUCGGAUACCCCUUCUUUCAAAAGAUUUAACUCGCGUCCCCAUAAGAUGCCAUUUCCUUCUUGCGAACAAUACGAAUUUGACACAGACGAAUAUUGGGAAUGUAGUAUACGACAUUUUACGUUUACGAUAUAUCACCCAACUUCGACUUGUAAAAUGGGUCCAGAAAACGAUGGAGAUGCGGUGGUAAAUCCUCGUUUAAAAAUUUAUGGUUUGGAAAACUUACGAGUUAUCGAUGCAUCUAUAAUGCCGAACAUUGUAAGUGGUAACACUAACGCACCUGUUAUAAUGAUUGGUGAAAAAGGUGCCGAUUUGAUAAAAGAAGAUUGGUUAGGACAGCAUUUUAGAAAGACUUAA